AUGCCGCCAAUCCGUCAUCUCACGUUGCUCCAGAGCCUGGGACUGUCGUUGCCUCGGUUGGCAUCGCCUUCUCGCGCUGCAAGCCCCACAGUACUCCAGUACACCUACUUGGAGGGCUCUGAAUACGAUAGCGAAGAGUCCAGCGAAGACGAGUCUGACGACGAGCGCAGUGGAGAGGACGAAAACAACGGUCGAGCGGUUGAACCGGCCACCCGGACUGAAUGUCUGAGCGAUGCUGCUGAAGAUCCUCUGAACGGCGUGCCGCAGCGCCCGCUCACCCGCGACCAGCACGACAUCGAGAUACUUCUCGCUGAGAUUGAAGCCAUUGGCCCGGAGCGCCGACCUCCAUCUCCUCUUGGGUUUGGCCUCCGCGAGUAUUGUUCCAUAGGGAGAUUCCUAUUGAGCCAAGAGGAUCAGGUCGACCCACUCGACGUUCAGGACAUUCCUAGACAUUCCGCCGAGUCAUUCCAGUCGCAAGGUGAACUGAGCUCGCAGGCUAUGGAGGGCGUUGAUGAUUACGACACACGUGUAUAUGCCAGCCACAGCCGUCAACCUACUCCAGAAGGCGAAGGGGGCACAUUCUGGCAAGACGUGAUCGUGUACUCAUGCGCGAGCGUUCAAGAUGUAUUCGCUGGCAUCCCAGGCUAUAAGAAGUCGCCAGAGCAGUCCUUACUUUCGAGGUGUGACUCGUCUCCGGAGCUACCUCCGACGGACGAAGACUUUGACACGCACGACGAGGAAGAGGACUCGCCUUCAUUGUCAACAGUGCCCUUGAAGGAUACUAACGGCAGAGCCAGCAAUCCGAAGCGUCGUCGACGCCGCGAAGAAGAAGACAUCGAUUACGUGGACGACGCUGAGACCGACAGGGCCCGCCGUCGCCGUCACAAGAAGGCCAAGUUGCCGAAUGGGCCCAGAGAUCCAAGGCGACCAAAACCCAGGAAAGGUUUUGUGAAGCCGACGGUUAACUGCCCAAGCGACGGAUGCGCCGCUGCCUUCGAUGGGAGAAAAUGCGAUUACAACGAAGUCACGAAGCACUUCCGUGAGAAGCACGAUUUGGAGGCGCAUUGCAAGGCGUACCAAGCUCAGGGCAAGAUCCCAUGCCCUCUAGGUGGCUGCAGGCUGAAGACGAAAUUCGGCUAUUUCCUAGGCAGCAAUCCCAGCAAUAUGCACAAGAAUAUUGGCAGACACAUCCACCAUACGCACAUGCCGCAUCCAAGGUGGUAUUGCCAAUACUGCGACAAAGGUUUUGACCGCAAAGAUGCGGCCCAACGUCACAUGGACGAAGCUGCCCACGAUAGGCAAGCGGAGGACGGCGAGAACGCAGCGCGUCUUGAUCAACAAGCGGCUGGUGUCCUGGACGGAGAGGAGUCGGAAUAAAGCAAGAAUUGAGCGUCCUUGUGUGCAUAUAGCUCCUUUCUUUCAACAUGAUAAUAUUACG